UACGAUGUUUACAAUACCACGUGCUACUCAAAGCACGUUGUAAGGUCAAGGGUCAAGUACAUAACUCUGGCCUGUCAAUAGAGUUUUAUUUUGGGCUUCACAUAGUGAUUUUGUUUGUAUAAAAGUAGUUAAAUAAUGCAGUACCUUAUCAUUUGAAGUUUGAAUUUGGAAACUGCCUUCGGUUCAGUCGACAGCGAUAACUUUGCUCAAGUUUUAAAGCAAGCUUCACGGAAUAAAUUAUAGUACCGCAAAUUUACGGGUUGGUGCCAGCAAACGCAGAGGCGAUACGCACGCUGGCUCUGAGUCAGACCAACAGACACAGGUGUAAGCAGAAAUGGAUACUGUGAACUGCUCUGAUGAUAUCCCUCAUUCCUGGGAGUAUUUCCAGGGAUUAGAUGUUGGAGGCAUUGCACUGAUCAGUAUUUGUGGAUUCUUGACCAUGAUCACAGUGAUCUUAUACUUGGUUGAAAUAAUGUAUAUCAGGAACAACAUAAUGGACUGGACAAGAAGACAGAAAACAAUACUUCUAUUGGGCCUGUAUCCAGUAUUUAGCUUUACUUCCAUGAUGGGAAUAUGUGUUCCCAGGGCCAGUACCUUGGCUACUUUGGCAUCUACUAUCUACCUCUCCAUUUGUAUCUUUGCGUUUCUUCAUCUGAUGAUCAACUACUAUGGUGACAAUGAGAGCAUGAUUCAGCAGUUAUCCCAGUAUUCCAUUCCUCUCAGAAGUCCUCCAUGUUGUUGCUGUUGUUUCUGUCUUCCAAACAUUAAACUUACAAUAAAAAAUUUGCGUAUCAUCAAAAGACUAGUUCAUCAAAUUAUAAUAGUGAGCCCUAUGGUAGCAUUCUUGUCUGCUGUGUUUUGGGCAGAUGGACUUUAUACUAGAAAUUUUGGGAAUCCCAUGUCUGCCUAUACAUAUUUGACUGCAAUUAAAGUUGUGAGCACUUUGACAGCUAUGUAUGGUUUGCUCUUACUAUUCCGUGUCUCCAGACUCCCACUAAAACAUUACAGUAUUCAGCCUAAGUUUAUAUUGCUACAGUUAGUUCUUGUUGCGGCCAACCUUCAAAACACUGUCACCACACUGCUGGCCACUGUUAAAGUCAUUCCUUGCACCUCGCUGAUGCCGUCCAGUUCAAGAGCACAGUUUUUAGACCACGUGCUCAUCACAUUUGAGAUGUUCCUACUGAGUUUGGUAGCUCGCUUCAUCUAUCGCAAGAAGUUGCAGAAACUGGAGGACAACUUAAAGCAGACAGAUGAAGAAGAGGAAGAUGAUGAGGUUGCCAGAAAGCAUGUUCCACACAGAUUGUCCACUGUUGGCCUUGUAAAGGAGCGGGAGGGAUAUGGAACCACCGACACUACUAUUGUAAGGAAAAAUGGAGGUGGUGGUGAAAAAGUUGAAUUUGAUAACGCUGUCAUAAAUGAUUUUGGAAAUUUGUCAGUAGAACCUGGCUCUGCAUAUAUAUAACAUUCGUAAAUGCUUGUGAGGAAAAUAAGUCAUGAUUAGUGCAAUGUGAACCAGGAUAAUAAAGUGUAGAACGUAUAUCUGGACCCUAAGUCACCACCAUUUGGAUUAGAUAAAAUUGACUUGAGUGAAAAAAGCAUUGUCAUCAUAACCCUCUCACCACUCAAUUUUUAGUAAAAUUGUGAUAGAAGUACUAGAUUUGGGAUCUAUCUCAGUCUGUGAUUGAUAAUCUAUUAAAAUUGUUGGACCUGUAGGUGGUGGGUGUGUUUAUUAGUCACAUUCACUGAUAGCUGUACAAAAAAGGGUCAAAAAGUAGGACAUUUGUGAGUGAAUUUAUAGCUAUCUGGAGAGUACAAUACAGAUCAAGGUCAAAAUAUAGGACAUUAUAUUAGUGUAGCAUUGUUUAUACUAGGUCGACUGUAUUUGUGUUGAUUACUAUAUAAAAUGGUGCCUAUCAUGUUUUAAAUGCUGUCUCUUUAUUUCAGAUUAAAUGGGUUGAUUGAAAUGUUAUGAAAUAUUUUAUUGAUUUUAUGGCCAAUUUCUUUUGAAUUGGAUGUAAUACAGUUGUUGUUUGUUUGUUAUCAUGUUAAUGUAAAAAGUUUUACUGUCAAAACAAAUGCUUUACAUUUUUUUCCAAAGAUAAUACGUAUACAAACACUUCAGAGUAAAGGACAAUUAGUAACACACUGUAUUAUUAUAUUAAGCAUAUGAUAGAUUUAUUUGCUAAAAAUGGAGAGUUAAAGGUUGUUAAUGAACUUUUCAUGAAUAUUUUGUU